CUCUUGCGGCCCCCAGUGUAGCCUACGUAUUAUGUGUCAUACAUGCAGACAUGGGGAGAUAAAAGAUGGGGCUCUUCCCUAGAGUCUCACACUCUAGCUGAGAAAACAGAGACGGAAGCAAGUCAGGACAAGCCUGCAGUUCAGCGAUGUGCUAGGUGAAAUAGAACAAUUCCUUCCAUUUAAGGAAGUCAGGGAAGGCCUCACAAAGAUAGUGACAUUGGACCUGAGAGGACUCAAAGGAUGCAUCCUCAGGAAGGGCUCAGUAAGCUGUGUGAGAUCUAGGGAACCAAGAGGACACCAGCGUGAGGGAGUAGCAGAUAGAGAAGCUAGACAAUCAGGGCCAUGUGGUUUUUGUGGUCCCUAGGCUCUUUUGCCUUAGAAAAAAAAUAUUAAAAAUUACGUUUUACCACUGCAUUGGUAUAAGAUGAACAUAAUCCAGGCUGAUUGUGUUCAUUUUACUUAUGAUUUUAAAAGACACGAAAACAAUUUUGUGGACCUGAGGCCUAUAUAAUAGUGCCUGUGUAAUAGAGUGGGGACCCAACUGGGAAGGCUUUGAAUGCCAUGCUAAUAAGUCAGGUGUCAUAGGGAGCCAUUGUCUCCAACUCUAAUUCUAACCUUACUCUUCGUUGCAUUAAACAUCCAAACAUUUAUCAGGCAUCAAUUGUUUGCCAUUUAUCCCAAUAUCCCUCCUAUUGUCUAUAGCAUCUCCCAAUAGCUCUACAGUGAUAUAUGCCCAACCAAGGUGUCCUGUUGUGCCAAUGUUCCCUGCAUCUACCCCAAGACAGCAUAGCUUCUCCCAGGAGCAGUCCCCUAAGAGACACUCAUAGGAAGGGAGAGAUGCAGCCUAUGAGGGAAAGACAGCAUGUCACACCUGGAGAGUAGGUCUAGGUUUAGGGGUGAGGGAAAGACCAGGGAAGGGAGGUAGUCGGGAAGAGGAAGAGAGCACAGGGGGACGAGGGGCGGAGGGGAGACUCAAGAAACCAGCUUCAUGGCCUCCUCUUAGCCAAGACCAGCCUUGCCCUAAACUGACAUCUGCUGUAAUCCUUCAAAUCCACCCCUCUGACCAUUCUCAGAGCUAACCUAAAACCUUAAAACCUUGCUUAUGUCUUGCUUAAAAUCUUGAUGCUACUAUAUCCUGGCUCCAGAAGCCCCUCACCUCACCAUAGUCCCCUCCAGGGAUCUACUUCCCCCUUGAAAAAUAUUGGUGUCAUUGCCAAAAAUAGCUAAAUGUACAAGAAUAUAUUCUGUACUUAUUUUUCAUUACAAAAAGUAACGCUGUAGAGAAGUUACAGGAUACAGAAAAAUAUGACUUAAAAAAGUGAAGUUGAUCCUCACAGUGCUCCCACACCUAUUGGUUCAUUCUCUGGAAGUUUUAACUUGCAGGUAUAAACACUCCCAUACCCUUUUUCUAUGAAUAUGCAAAUAUACACAUAGUACCAUAUUGUUUGCAACUUGAUGUCUUCAUUUAAUAUAUCAAGGACACCUUUUCAUGUCAGUUUAAGUCUAACUCUUCUAAGUCUUUUUAAAAGCUAGAUAGUAUUACAUAAUAUGGUGAAUCUCAAUUUCUUCAAUUGACAAAUACUUAGGUUUUCCCAAUUUUGCAACAAACUGUGACAAACUAUAUAAAACUUGGUAACAAACUACUAUAACCCACAUCCUCUUACAUUUACUUUUGUGCCUGUAUUUGUUUCAAAAGGAUGCAUUCCUAAGAUUAGAAUUGCUUAGUCAGAAGAAAUGCAGUGCCCUGAAAUUUAAACCAAAGCCACUGUGCAUGACUAACCCUAAGAGUGAGAAUAAAAAGUCUGUCCAUCAUGGGAGAUGAGGCUGGGCAUGUAGAGUAGACAUGGGUUGUGAGGGCCUUAAGUGCAGCCCUCAAGAGUGGCUUUUAAGCAAAUACAGAUGGGGCUUCUCUGGGUUCGGCCAAGUGUAUAGAGAAGGAUGUGUUAGUGACCCUGCGUUUAAAAGGCUCACUUUGGAGUAUGUGAUGUCGAAGGGUAACCUUUAGGAGGCUCUAAAGACUCCUCCAGGGCUCCUCAGCCUGGGGCUAGAGCUGUCUCCUGACUCUCCAGAGGAGGCAGGGAGGUGGGAGGAGAAUGAAGAAGAGCGCUGGCUCCCCAGCCCAGCUCUGCCCUCUUCCCCCGAGGUCUACUUUUUGUUAGAAUGCUGGGGUUAGGGGUUGGAGUGGAGAGGGGCCCUCCAGGUUACCCAACCAUCGAAGCCAUUCCCCUGAACAGCUCAAUGACCUGAAAGGGUGGCAGUCUGUACAGAACUCCUUCCAAUGGCCUUUUCGGGCCUCUCCCAAACCUUCAGGCACGAAACUUGAUUCUGGAGUGUGUGUAAGCAACAAAAGCUGCCACAUGAACCAGGUGACUUCCCCACCUCCAUCUUAGCUUCCUGCCUUCUCUCUGCCUAGAUCACUGCUCUACCCAGAGUCCUCUGCUAUGGAGCCUGGCAACCCAAAGUCCUCUGCCCACAUCAGGGCACCUGAAGCUCCCUCCUUCCUCUACCGACUUUGAUGGGCAGAACCAUUCAGUCUCCUGCAGGACAGCCUGCUCCUCACCUCCUGCUCCCGCUGCCUGCCACCCUCAGCACCCUCAGACUAUCUCCUAUCCUUAAGGCUCCUUCUUCUAACCAGCCCUAUGUUCUCCUUCUCUGGGAGUCCUUUCAGCUCUCAGAAUUGCCCCAAGCCUGCUUCUUGGCACCUCGUCCAUCAGAAUUCUCUCCAUUGCAUCUCAUUUGCUUUUGUUCCCCUGCAUUUACAUGUCUGCGUCCUGGGGACAUGUCCCAUCUCCCACUUUGGGCAGAGAGAUGUUCCUGUCUCUUCCCUCUUGCCAGCCACUCUUCCCUCCUCCAACCCCCUUGCCUCCACCUCCUAGUGCACAAGACUGGCUCUGUGCUCCUAGUGCCACUGAGGACAGCAAGGCAGUGACAGACUAUGAGGGAGGCACCCUGAGGGAAAAGCCUACCCUGGUUCUGAAAGAGUUUGUUGGAUGCUUUUCAACUGAAGGCAGAUGACUGAGUCAGCCUAACCUUGUUCUGUCUUUGAACAACAGAUAAAUUGGUUUACUUGAAAAUAAAUCUUUUAAUUUGUAUUUCCAUGUCACCUGUGAUUUUCCCUGUCUUCCUUCUGCAGCCCUGCCAGCUGGCAGGAAGAAGGGGAGCAAAGCUGCUGCUAAGAGGAGUAUAAAGAGGGCUGGGUUCAUGGCAAGGGGGCAGUGGCAACAUGCUGUGCUUCCUGGUAUUGGCCAGCCUGGUCCUUUAUGGACACAGCACCCAGGACUUUCCAGGAGAUACCCGGGUGGUUGGAGGCACUGAGGCCUCAAGGAAUUCCUGGCCCUCUCAGAUCUCCCUCCAGUACCUAUCUGGAGGUUCCUGGUAUCACACCUGUGGAGGGACCCUCAUCAGACAGAACUGGGUGAUGACAGCUGCUCACUGCGUGGACUCUCAAAUGACCUUCCGUGUGGUGGUUGGAGAUCACAACCUGAGCCAGAACGACGGCACGGAGCAGUACGUGAAUGUGCAGAGGAUCGUGGUGCAUCCGAACUGGAGGAGCAGUAACGUGGCUGCUGGGUAUGACAUUGCCUUGCUGCGCCUGGCCCAGAGCGUUACUCUCAACAGAUAUGUCCAGCUGGGUGUUCUGCCACAGGAGGGAACCAUCCUGGCUAACAACAGUCCCUGCUACAUCACAGGCUGGGGCAGGACCAGGACCAAUGGGCAGCUGGCCCAGACCCUGCAGCAGGCUUACCUGCCCACUGUGGACUAUGCCAUCUGUUCCAGCUCCUCCUACUGGGGAUCCACCGUGAAGAACACCAUGGUGUGUGCUGGAGGAGACGGAGUUCACUCUGGAUGCCAGGAACUGGGAAACCAUUGAAGAGCUUUAAACAGGAGAACAGCAUGAUCAGAUUUGCCUUUUAGAAGCACUCUCUGAUGACGAGGUAAGCAAGUACUGAAGAGGGCAAGAUUGGCAGGGAGACUGGUUGUUAAGACUAUUGCUAUUAUCUAGGCAAGAAAUCUGAGGGGCUGAAUUAGGGAGAUAUUCAGGUGGGAAGAAGAAAGAGGAUCUGGAAUGGCUUCCAGGCAUCUGGUUUAAGUGAUUUUGGGAAAGGGUUUGCUACCUCACAAAAGACAAGAUUUAUUGGAUAUGGGAGGGAACGUGAGGAGUUUGGUUCUGGACAAAUUGAGUCUGAGACCCCAGUGGAUCAUACAGGUAUAUUUAACCAGUGAGAAAUUAGAUAUAAGAAAGUGGAGCCUGGAGGAGAUAGCUGGUGAGAGAUACCCUUAGCAGCACAGGAGAUUACUCCACAGGGAGAAGUCGUAGAAUGAGAAAAGAGCAGUGAGUUGGGGGAAGAACUGUGACAACAUAAAUACCUGAGUGCUUCAGGGAGAUGUGGAAGACAAAUGGUUCUAAGAGGAUCGAAGGCAAGAGAAAACCUAGCAAUAAGGGUUUUACACAAUCUCAGGAAAUACUGAUGGCUCAUCACAUAGUAUUCAGUGCAGCCAGAAGCCACAAUAGAUGGAACCCAAAGUGGUUACUUUGGAGGUUGGUGAGUCACUAAUAAUGAUGGCAAGGGCAAUUUGUGUUAAGUGGUGAGUGCAGAAACUUGAAAGAAGGUAAGGAAUGAGGAGGUAAUAAGAAACAUAGUAAGAAAUGUAGACUACUCUCCCAAGAAUCCCAGAUGAAAGAGGGAAACAAAAAAAGAAUCUGGUAGCUUUAAGAAGGAUGACAAGUCAUGGAGAGGGUAAUAUGGAGUGUUAAAAUUAAGUGUUUAUAAGCAGAGAAGAAAGGAUCCUAUAGAGUCAGAGAAAGGGAAUAAUGGAUGGCACAAGGUCCUAGAGAAGAAGGGGAGAUGGAACCAAGAGCACAAAUGGUGCUGGCUUUGAACUGGAAGAGGGACACCAAAAUGUGCACGGACAUGAAAGAGUGUGCCGGCUGUGCAGCUGGAAGGUGGCAGGUGUUCCGCAUUGCAGUUUAUGAAGUAGGAGUCAGACUGGAUGCUGAAAAUGAAGAGGCAAGGAUUGAGGGCUCUGGAUUACUUAAGGUGAAUGAGAGGAUAUUACUCCAAGAUAUUACUGACAGUUUGAGUUUGGAGACUGUGCAAUGACUAUGGGGGUAUAUGAUUCAUUCCAUUUUACUCAAGGUCUCAGUUACAGUGAAUGGAUUAAUCCACGGCUGGAUUUUCCUGCGUUACUGGGGCAAAAGAAUAGGAUUGCAGAUCACUGCAAAGUCCAAUGAGGUGGAGGAGGAAGAGAAGCCAGCAGGAGGCUGGUAGGCUGGCUGAAAUAGUGGAAUCAAAGGACUAAAGUUUUUUUUGUGAAAGCACUCAGAACGGUGGAAGUAAGGUGAUCAACUCAUCCCAGUUUGCCCAGGACUUUCCUAGUGCUAAAACUUCAAAGUCCUGUAUCCCAGGAGUACAUGCAAUGCAAGCAGGGACCAAAAAGAGAGAGAGAGAGAGACAGAGAGAGAGAGAGAGAGAGAGAGAGAGACAGAGAGAGAGAGUCUAAUGCAUAAGGCAUCUGCUUCCAGGUCCUAACCAGCCAGCUUCACCUAUAAUCUCUCAAGGUUUAACAUUUCUGAGUUUAUUCACUUCCCUCUGCUCUCAUUCGGGAUCUUGAACUCUGGAAAACUCAAGUACUUUUCUUUUGGCUGCUACUACAAAUUAACAAUUCUCUAAGGCAACUGUGUCCUUCCCACUGGAGUUUCUCAAAAAGAGUGUCUCCUGGGUUUUCAGAUUUACGGGUCCCCACCCGUCCUCACAGUGGAUGGCCCAGACCUCUCACCUCAAUCCACCCCUCCCACCCAGUUUUUUUCUAGCUCUUCCCUUCUGCCCUAAAAUUCUCAGCCACACCCUCCAGCUCUCCAGAGUCUAAAUUACUUUUCAGGUCAAUUAGCAUGAGACAAUAGUAUUAUAUACAAUCAAUUCUCUUCCAGUCCUCCAGCCCAGAAAUACUUUUGAAUCCCUGUUGGAAUCUGAGUGGGAGAUUUAGAUUAUUUUGAGUGCAAUGAUCUAAAGAAAACAUCUUUUCAUAAGCAGUGGUUAGUGUGAGGUACAGCUAGUUCCUUUUUAAAAGAAUUGCCCCCAAUUUGAAUUUUUGGCCUCUUUCCCUAGUUGUUCUUUUUUAAGUUUUAAUUUUUAUUGGAGCUAUAUAUAUUCAAUAGCUUACAGUGGCAAGUAAAACUAUGAGGCUUAAUAAUGGAAAAGAACAAGUAAUUAUGUUCCUUCUACCUCUUGAGUUCUCCCUCCCCAGAAGGGAACACUUCCAACUCUUUUCAGGUGGUAUUUUUGGUGUCUACCUCCAUACCUGUCUAAAGAUACAUACUUACACUGCUACUUAAUUUUCAGUUCAGGUAUUGUGGGAGAUGUGGAUCUCUCUUCCUUUUACACAUAUAUACCUGUUAAAUAACAAAAAUUCAACUUGGUAAAUUUAAGUAUCAAUUGGCUUUACCUAACGAUGCAUGCAUUAGGUAGCAUCCCAUCCAGCAAACAGAAAGCUUUAUUGAAUUGCAGAAAAGGAAAGGUUUUUAAAGGCAAAAAUUGGAAUUGAGAGGGGAGGUGAUUAUUAGCAAAGAAUACAUUAUGUUAAGCAAGAUUGCCCUCCUAAAUAGAACAGAUGGGAUCUAUAAGCAGAUUACCUCCUAGUGCUGACCAGGAAAUUCCAGGUUGUCUAGUUAAGGAUCAGAUAUCUGGGAGAAACUGAAGCUGCAACUAGGUUAGGCAUUAAGUCUUGGUGGGGUUUAGCAUCAGUGACUCAAUUUGGGGCCUGCUGUCUCCUUUUUAACAGCUGGAACAUCCUAGAAGAGUGCUUUGUGAUCAAAAGCAGUAUUAUAAGAUAAAUAUAUAUCCUCCUA